GUGCCAGUUUUUUCGCACUGGACAAGAGAAAUACAGGCACAAUACCAGGAGGACCCAACACCUUCACAUUUUCGGGCGGGCGGGCGCUGGAAAGGGGAGCACAAGGACGGCGCUGCAACCGGGGUUCCUCCGCUUCCCAAAAAUGAACAACGAUCCACGGGCAACCAAAAUACACGACUUCGUCGCUCACGACGCGCAGGCAACAUGUCUGAGAAUAGGGGCAAAGUCCGGCAGAGUAAUGGUGACGGGUGGAGAGGACCGCAAAGUCAACUUAUGGGCGGUGGGGAAGACGUCUCCGAUAUUGAGCCUUGGAGGACAUGCCAGCUCAAUCGAAUGCGUAACACUGGAUUGGCCUGAGGAGAUCGUGGUGGCGGGAUCAUCGUCGGGGACACUCAAACUAUGGGAUCUGGAGCAUGCGAAAGUCAUUCGAACGCUCGCUGGACAUAAAUCUGGCGCACGGUGUGUUGAAUUUCACCCGUUUGGAGAGUUUUUCGCGUCGGGAUCGGUGGAUUCCUCGGUGAAGAUCUGGGAUAUCAAGAGGAAGGGUUGCAUACAGACCUAUCAGGGGCAUCAUGAUGGAGUGACGGUGCUGCGGAUCACUCCAGACGGAAGGUGGAUAGCGACUGGUGGUGGGGAUGGCGUUGUGAAGAUCCGCGAUAUGACGGCAGGAAAGCUGCUUCACUCCUUUUCUGACCACACAGGGGCAAUAACAGCGCUCGCUUUCAACCCAUCUGAGUUUCUGAUAGUCACUGCUGGGGAGGACAACGUCCUGCGCUUCUAUGAUCUGCAGACGUUCGAAUGCAUAUCGAAAACACCACCAAUAUCUGGUCGAGUGCAGGUUUUGCAAUUCGAUCCGGAUGGCCAUGAGCUCUUUGUUGGUAGCACCGACUCCCUGCAGAUAUGGACGUGGGAACCAGCAGUAUGCCAUGACGUGAUACCAGUGAGCUGGCCCAAUAUUAGUGACAUGCGGAUCAUGAUGGAGGACGGCAAAGUCCUUGCUGGUGCUCUAGAUCACAACUUUCUGAGCAUGUGGGGAGUGGAUAUAACGCCUCAUUUGAGCCCCACGGAUAAAGGGCCUCCGACGACUAAGCCUCCCGAUAUUUCGAACAGGACAACAGCCCAGUUCCAGAAUUACGGGGAUGUUGACAUUGCGCGCCUGCAUAUUGCUGAUGAUAGCGGGUCAUCGACGCCACGUGCUUCCGCUACAAAUGUGUAUGAGGGGACUACGAUCAGAUCCGGGCAACCAUUCGACUCAGAUCGACGAGAGCCUUCAGCAUCUCGAUCAAAUGCUCAAGCAGGCAAUACCCCAUUCCGCCUUGGCAGCGCCAGCAGAUCCACUUCCUCCCUAAUAGAUGCUGAUCAAGGGUUACGCCGCUCAGCAUCUGGCAAUUUCGAUCGCGGUGACGAGGAGAAUCGCCUGCGAUACUCCCUUGGUUCGAACAGCCGCGCCGGAACACCAUUACGCGGAUCUACGGCGAGCGCCGGAAAUGUGGUUGGCGAACAUCCUUCGCCAUUCUUGCCGCACGGCCAGCGGUCGAGCACUGCUACGAAUCCCUUUGUGCCCGCUGGAACAGGCGAGCGGCCACUAAACCUUGAUGUUGCCAAGUUCAUUCAGAAUGCACAACGGCGCCUGCAGCCCCUGCCUCUCUCCCCAUCAUCCCCAGGCUCUCCACCUUCCACCUCCGAUAAUGACAUUAUUGACUCUCUCCUCUUCCGCCACGCCUCCGUCGGUUCUAUCCUCAACAAUCGUCUCACAUCGAUCCGCAUAGUCCGCAGCGCAUGGGACGAAUCCAACAUUCGACCAACGAUCGAGUCCCUUGUUACCCUGAAGGAUGCCAGUGUGCUUGUGGAUGUGUUAAGGAUCAUCAACCUGAAACCAAAAUUGCUCACGAUGGAGGCCGCUUUGAUGCUGUUGCCACUGGUGCAUGAGCUAUUCUUUGAAGUCUAUGAGGACUAUAUCGUGACAGCAUGCAAUACCGUCCGGACACUUGUCAAGUCCUUUGGACCUGUCAUACUUGCCACAUUGGACGCAAAUUACAUCUCAUCGCCGGGAGUGGACAUUAGCCGGGAAGAUCGUGUAUCACGCUGCAGGUCAUGUAGGGAACGACUCAUCGAGAUCGCUACAACCUUAGAAGAAUUGAAACGGUCGGCGGGGCCUGUCGGCGGCAUCAUUCGCGAAACGCUUCGUGAUUUAGCGAGCCUUGACCCCACGUCAAGUUAACGCAUCUAAGCUUUCCAUCCUUGAAGACAUUCCCCCCUUGAACUGUUAUGUAAUUGAUUGCACACCACCUGCCACGAUCUGAUAGCAUCCUGUAUAUACCUUAGCCCGUCCACAGGGCUUGCACACUGUUUCUUCGGCGGGACAGAUUCGUCUGCGCGACGAGUCUCAUAGCAUGAUAGGUUGGCAAAGCACAUGACAAUCAUCGCACUUAUGUAAUAGAUAACGUGAGACCCAAAAAAUAUCCGAGACCAAUAAGUGUGAAGCGGGGAGCCAUUGAAUUCGCUGGAGGAUGUUCAGGUGGACCCGGACGACGCAUUU